AUGACACACAUCCUCAGUAACUCAAAACACCACCUGUAUGCCCUGGACAACGAGCACACUUGCUGUAUCAACCACUGCACAGAGCCAGGCACCACUGAUGUCUCCUCUCCAUCCACCUUGCAAUCCAUAACACCUUUCACCAAUGCCGUGUCCACACCUCCACCUGACACCACCUCCCACAGUUUUUCUACUACAACUACCAUCCUCUCCUCUUUCCCAACACUGACUCCCCCAGCUCCGACUAUAGCAUCCUCACCAACCACUACAGAAACAGCCCUGACUCCCACCACUACCCGAGGAGCCACAGCCACACAGAUCCCCUCACACGGGACCCCCAGCAUCACUUCCUCUCACAGCCACCCCACACCCAACACAGCCACAACUGCCAUCCUCUCCUUUUCCACAGUGCCACCCUCCAUAGCCCUGACUGCAGACCUUUCCCACACAACCCCUGCCCCUGCCGUCCACUCUUCUGUGGGCCCCACUGGCAGCCUUCACACACAGCCCAUCUCUUCUGCCCCAGGCAAAACCAGAACACUCCACACCACAGCUGAGUCUCCCCCAACACCCACUCCCACCAGUACCUGUGACAACGGUGGCACCUGGGCCCAGGGCCAUUGUAUGUGCCUCCCGGGCUUCUCCGGGGACCACUGCCAGCUUCAGCAGCCCAGGUGCCAGCAUGGGGGCUCCUGGGAUGGCCUCAGGUGCAUUUGCCCCAGCACCUUCUAUGGCUCCACCUGCCAGUUUCCCAUGGAGCAGGUGGAUGUGGACACAGUGGAGGCCGUGGUGGUCAUGGAGGUGUCUGUGGACCAGGAGUUCACCCAGGACCUGAAGGACAACAUGUCUAAGGCCUACAGGGAUUUCAGCCAGGCGUUUCAGGAGCAGAUGCAGGAGAUUUACCGGGAAGUGCAGGAGUUCAAAGGGGUGCAGAUCCGGUCCCUCAGGAAUGGCAGCAUUGUGGUGGACUAUCUGGCCCUUUUGGAGCUGCCCUUCAGUCCCCAGCUGAAGAGCCAGUACAAGAAAGUGGGGGAGCAGCUCCAGAAGGCCAGCCAGGACUUGGACACCUGCCAUAGUGGCCAGAUCCUGUGUUUUAAGUCUGACUCCGCCAAAGUGCACAACAGCACCCCAACGGAGCUGACCCCGGAAGCUCUCUGCCGCCGCGCCGCUGCGCAGGGCUACGAGGAGUUUUACUUUCCUGUGGUGGACGGGAACCGGCUGCGCUGCGUCACCAGAUGCGCGGCGGGCGUGGACGGCGCCCUGGACUGUCACCAGGGCCUGUGCCUUCUGCAGAGGAGCGGACCCACCUGCCGCUGCUUUUCCUCGGACACGCACUGGGUUUGGGGUCCACGCUGCGAGGCAGCUGUGCACUGGAGAGCUCUGGUCGGGUGCCUGGCGGGGGCCGCGCUGCUCCUGUUGCUGCUGCUGUUGCUGCUGGGCGUGCUGGUGGCGCGCGCCCGACGGCGCAGAAGCUCACGCCAAGACAGGCACUGGGACCAGGACAGGAAGUGGGGGGAGUCCUGGGACGAGGACAUCGUGGGGAUCUUCUCUAACGUGAGCCUGCAGGGUUCCAGAGCAGUGGAGGAAGAAAAUUGCCGCGUGGCUUUGGAGAUGGUGGAUCACAAUGUGAGGCCAAGCUCCACAGCCACGACUGAGACUACGGAGAGCUCCCAGACCACAGCCAUCUCUGAGUCGACCCCUGUGCCCAGCAGCCCAAGCUCCACAGCCACGACUGAGACUUCUGAGUCGACCCCUGUGCCCAGCAGCCCAAGCUCCACAGCCACGACUGAGACUACGGAGAGCUCCCAGACCACAGCCAUCACAUCUGAGUCGACCCCUGUGCCCAGCAGCCCAAGCUCCACAGCCACGACUGAGACUACGGAGAGCUCCCAGACCACAGCCAUCACAUCUGAGUCGACCCCUGUGCCCAGCAGCCCAAGCUCCACAGCCACGACUGAGACUACGGAGAGCUCCCAGACCACAGCCAUCACAUCUGAGUCGACCCCUGUGCCCAGCAGCCCAAGCUCCACAGCCACGACUGAGACUACGGAGAGCUCCCAGACCACAGCCAUCACAUCUGAGUCGACCCCUGUGCCCAGCAGCCCAAGCUCCACAGCCAUCACAUCUGAGUCGACCCCUGUGCCCAGCAGCCCAAGCUCCACAAUCACAUCUGAGUCGACCCCUGUGCCCAGCAGCCCAAGCUCCACAGCCACGACUGAGACUACGGAGAGCUCCCAGACCACAGCCAUCACAUCUGAGUCGACCCCUGUGCCCAGCAGCCCAAGCUCCACAGCCACGACUGAGACUACGGAGAGCUCCCAGACCACAGCCAUCACAUCUGAGUCGACCCCUGUGCCCAGCAGCCCAAGCUCCACAGCCACGACUGAGACUACGGAGAGCUCCCAGACCACAGCCAUCACAUCUGAGUCGACCCCUGUGCCCAGCAGCCCAAGCUCCACAGCCACGACUGAGACUACGCAGACCACAGCCAUCACAUCUGAGUCGACCCCUGUGCCCAGCAGCCCAAGCACAGCCACGACUGAGACUACGGAGAGCUCCCAGACCACAGCCAUCACAUCUGAGUCGACCUCCAUCUUCUCCUCCACGCCUGGGGCUGCCCUCAGCACCAUGAUCUCCAGCAGCCCCACCUCAGCAGCUUCCUCCCUUGCUCCCUCAUCCACGAAAACCUCAGCCAGCUUCCCUCCUGCUUUGUCCUCCUCCCCCAGCUCCACCCCUUCCUCACCCCCUUUGUCCAAUGCCUCCUCCCUCAGUCCCUCGUUCUCCAGCAGCUACUCCACAGUGACAACCACGCUGUCCACGUCGAGCACCCCAGGCCAAUGCCAGAGCUGGGAGAUGUGGGACGGCCACGAAUGUGUUUGCGCCCCGGGCUUCUUCGGGGAGGAGUGCCAGUCCUUCAGCUACUCCUUCCCCUUGGAGGUCCCCGAUGUCCUCAAUGCCACUGUGACCGUGAUCGUGAAAGUGACUCACAGGACCUUCACCACAGACUUGAGUAACACCUCCUCCCAGGCGUACAAAGAUUUCACCAAACUCUUUGAAGAAGAGAUGAACAAAGUGUACAACUUCACUGGCUACAAUGGAGUGAUCGUGCGCAGCCUCUCCAAAGGCAGCAUCGUGGUGCAGCAUGAUGUGCUCUUGGAAAUAGACUACACCCCUGACUACCAGCAGCAGUUUGAUAACCUUGAGAAGAUCGUGAGGGACAGGAUCAUGAACGAGACACGUACUACCCACGAUAAUGACACCACUUGCGAAGAAUCUAUCCUGUGCUACGACGAGAACGCCACCAUAGUGAACGGGGUCACAUUGGACUUUGACUUCCAGGAGCAAUGCACCAAGAAGGCUGCCAAGGACUUCUCCCAGUACUACUACGUGGACAAGGUGGAUGGGAAGCUGGCCUGUGUGACCAGGUGCACUCCAGGCACCAAGUCGCAACUCAACUGCAAUGAAGGCCAGUGCCGGCUGCAGCGCAGUGGCCCCCGCUGUGUGUGCUCCAACACAGACACUCACUGGUACUGGGGGGACACCUGCGAACACAGCACCAACAAGACGCUCGUGUACGGGAUAGUGGGGGCUGUGCUGGCCGUGCUGGCAGUCCUCGUGGUCGUCCUCGUGUUCCUCCUCGGCCGAUCGCAGAGGAAGUUGCAUAGGCAAAAUAAGUAUGACGUGUCGCAAGAGUGGCAGAAAGAGAGCAUCCCUGGCAGUUUCCAGAACACAGGCGUCUGGGAAGGCAAGAAUCUGCAGGGGGACAGAUACGGACGUGAGAAUGUCUACAGUAACUUCCGGCCCUCCCUGGACAACGUGAGCCCCAACACACAGUUCCACAUCCAGCGACCAGAGGUGGUGAAAACGGUGCCCUGA